AGUUUCAAUUUCAACGCUAUCUCCCUAUCUAUCUAUACACAACACACCUUUUCUUUUUCUAACGUAUCACCAUAGCCCCGUGACUCACACAUACACUAUACAUUCACCUUUUUCUUUCUAAUCGACGCCUCAUUCAUACAUCACAUGUCCCUUUAUAAAUUAUUAUUUUAUUUUCGUUAUUAUUAAUAAUACUUAAUAAUUGAUAAUAUAUAUAAAGAUCGCUCUCUUUUCAUAUUUUUUUUUCAAGUGCAGACUGCAGCAGAGUGAGGUCUCAGUCUCGGUCUCGGUCUUAGUCUCAGUCUAUAGACGACGGUUUUCUUUUUUUUUUUUCUCACUUUUUUCGGUGUCUCUGACUGAGUCAACUCGCUCCGAUUCCACUCGCUGCUUUCGUUUUCUUCUUCUUCUUCAAUGGAGUUUCGUUCGGUUAAACGGAUCCUUCUUACGUUAGCGGUUUCCGUCUUCUCCUUCGCGACACUCGUUACUGUUCUUCGCCUCGUCAACGGCUUUGGUUGUGGUGACUGUAAUGGGACCGGAACCGGAACCGGAACUGGAACCGCCGUGUCGGUGUCUCUGAAAGUGGAGGAGGAAGGAGCCAACGUGCACCGCAAGCUUCUUAAUCAUCGUAGUAGUAAUGUGGCAGGCACAGGCACUGGAGUGGUGGAACCUAACAGAAUAUGGGGUGACAACAAGUGCAGCAAAUCAGAUAUAGUGAUAAGCCAAGGUCCCACGGCCCCACUACCGAGUGGGAUACCAACAUACACAGUUGAGAUAAUGAACAUGUGUGUCAGUGGCUGUGACAUCUCAAGGAUACACCUCACCUGUGGCUGGUUCAGCUCUGCAAGGCUCAUCAACCCCAAAGUCUUCAAGAGGCUUAGAUACAACGAUUGCCUUGUUAAUGAUGGAAGGCCUUUGCUCAAUGGUGCAACCAUUUCAUUCCAGUAUGCCAAUACCUUCCUUUAUCCUCUCUCUGUUUCUUCUGUGUCCUGUAUUUGAUGAAUUCUGUCAACAACCCUUUAUAUUGAUGAACGAUGACACAUCACUACCACCACCCACCAUAGGCACACUCAACUCCAUUUUGGACUUGGUGAUUUGGUCAUGGUCUGAGAGAAUGGUUGACAUGAUCAUGUUUGGUGUUUUUUUGGUUGAUUUUGGGUUAUUGGGGGAGAAUAGGUCAUAUGGUGAACUGGGGUGGUUUGGAAUUUUUUUUGGAUGAAUUUUUUUGGACAUGUAUAUACACAAAUAUAGGUAAAUCAAUCAUCAUGGUAUAUUCCAAAUGUAUUUUUCACCUACUUGUCUGCAGUUUGGAUGGGUCUUUGAAAUGUGAUCAGAUCAGAGGAAUGUGGUUAAAAGUUUUGUACAAAUAUUAUAAUAGAAUAUAGGAAAUAGUAGAGGGUGAGGACUACUUACUACUUAGGACAAAGUUCCAUACUCAAUUCCCUUCCCUUCCCUUCCCUUCCUUUGUUUUAAUGCAUUUAUCUCUUUUUGUUUUCUUUUGGGGUAUGAUGAUAUUGGUACACACAACUUAUUAACCAUUACCCCACUUGGGUAGGUUCAUUAAUAGAACUGUACAAACUACAAAGCAUUAAUAGCAAGUGAAUUACUACUACCCACCUGCUAAAAAUGUUGAGUUUCUCUAAGCAUUGAACUCCUUUUCUACUGAUAAAUUUAAGGGAAACUUAGUUGGAAAGAAACAAGAAAUAAUGGAUAGGUCCCCUACUUUUAUUCAUUCUCUGUGCCGUUGAAAAUUUUCCUUCUCAGUGUGAUGUAUGUUCCUAUGUAAUGUAUAGUGCAUUGUGUGUGACCCGGGUGGCCCGUGACAUAUCAUAAUGUUUCUACCAAAAUCCACCGAAAAAUACCUAGUCCUAUUCCUUUACCAUAAAUAUUAAUAUCAUUCACGCUUGUGCGAAAGAAUAAAGGGAAGUUGGGUUUGCAUUAUAGUAAGGGAAUUCAAUACCUUGUCUUAUUCUUGCCCCCAGAGUGGGGUGAUGUCAUGGUGGGGAUUCAAAGUAUGCACUCUGUUGUAAAAGGUAUCGAUUUAUUAAUUGAUUGAGACAAUGAUUCUGUCGCUGCAUUCAUCAUUCUAAAGAA